AUGGUCGCUGCUUUACGACUCACCGUCGCCUUGAUCGGCUUCGCGACAGCGUUCGUCACAUCAGCGGACGAGUACUUCGAGGGUGACGGCACCAGCUACACACUUGGCCAAGUCAGCAGCGGUAACUGUAACUUUAUGUCGGCCAUCCCGAGUGCAUCCGACAACUACGUCGCUGUAGAGGCAGGUGCUUUGAAGACCAAGCCUUGCCCACUGCACUGGGCCGCACAGAACUUUGAGUUUUACCUCAAGACAAAGAAUAGAUCAAGGUUAACAGGAAGCGCCAGCUUCCCUAGUGUGUGUUCGAGUUUGAGACCCACUACAGUCGCUCUGAACCAGGCGCAAUGGGACAACCUCGCCGGGUGUGGACGCUGCAUUGAAGUGUCCUGCAUUGACGAACAGUGCACUGCGAAGAACAAAACGGCAGUCGUCCAGGUGCUCGAUCGCUGCCCGAAGUGCGCGCACGGUGCGCUCGACCUGUCGCCGACGGUGUACAAGAAAAUCACGGGUCUGGAUCCAAACCGCCUCACGAUGCGCUGGCGCUUCGUGGACUGCCCGGACCCGGGCACCGUGCAGGUGUGUCUAAAGGAGGGUAGCAACGCCAACUGGAUCGCCGUGCAACCGACGAACGGCCUGGUUGGGGUCCAGAGUGUCACGGUCAACGGCGCGUCCACGAAAAUGCUGGACGGCGCGUACUACUACGUCGCGACCACGUCAAAUGCCGAUCUUUUGGCCGUAAAGGUGGCGAUCACGUCGGUCAACGGCGAUGAGAUCUCCGGCACUUACUCUCUCACGGCUGGCAAGUGUACGGACACCAAGAAACAGUUUGGUGGUGAUUCUACCUCCCAGUCUCAGUCCUACCCCGCGACGUCAGCUCCGGCACCGACAACUGCUGCUCCGAAGGCUACAACGGCCGCCCCAACGGCGACGACAGCUACACCGUCAGCCACCUCCCCGACGCAGACGUACAGCAGCGGCACAUCCGAGGAAAGCUCGCAAACCGGUCAAAGCUUGAAUGAGCAGGGCUCACAGAGCUCCCAGUCUGGUAGUACAGCUCAGUACGAGCAGAGCUCUCAAUCCGAUGCGACCCAGGCUUCUUCAUCCGCUUCGACCACCCCUGAAGCCACGCCCGCUGCUCCUGAAUCCACACCGGUCACACAACAAGCUACGCCAGCCACCCCGGAGGCUGCGACGGAUGCCCCAACUUCUACUGCCCCUGAAGGCACCACUGCUUUCCCCGAUGUCACCAAUGCACCUACCGAAGCACCUGCUCCAUCCGGUGACACCUCCAAGUGCCACGUGAGAAGUCGGCGUCACCGCAACUAG